AUGACCUCAACAAAUCCGGUGGUCGGUGAAGCACUACCGUCGGAAACAAUUACAGAUGCUACUGCUGAGAUGACGACCACGACGGUUUCUUCUUCUUCUUUAUCGACGGAAGCUGGGGAAGCACCGGAGAAGAAAGUGAGGAAAGCUUACACGAUCACUAAGUCCAGAGAGAGUUGGACUGAAGGAGAGCACGAUAAGUUUCUGGAAGCUCUUCAAUUGUUUGAUCGGGACUGGAAAAAAAUAGAAGACUUUGUUGGUUCAAAGACAGUUAUUCAGAUCAGGAGCCAUGCCCAAAAAUACUUUUUAAAGGUCCAGAAAAAUGGGACUUUAGCACAUGUGCCACCCCCUAGGCCUAAGCGCAAAGCUGCUCACCCAUAUCCUCAAAAGGCAUCGAAGAAUGGUCAGUUCCACUAUAAUAGAUAUUGCUUUGGGUGGACAGAUUAA